GUAGGGUGAAGGGGAGGGCCCUUGCAAAGGAAACAAGAGAGAGGAAACAGAAAACACCUGGCUGGGAGUUCUUUCUUACUGCCAAUAUGCAUCUUUAACAGUGCACAGGAAGGUCAGAAAAGCCCCCUUCCCCUCCCCCACUUGGAAAAGAAGAAGCCACAGCUCCAGUAAAAGACAGAAGAGAAGGGACUUGUUAUUUGGUUAUGAAGCCACUAGGGAUAUCAUCACUCAGCCGGAUGUUAAAAUCAUGAUCACUCAAAUCCCGCUGGUUAUUUGAUAUUAACAAAGAAUAAUCCAGAUGGGGUGCAGGUGCUGUAAAAUGAUCAAAAGCUACAUUUUUGAUCCAGAAGAAGCACAGUCAUCUGGAUAUAUCAAUGAAAUAAACAGAUACAAACAAGAUGAGCAAAAUAGCAAUAAAUUCAUAUGCAAACAAAAUAGUGAAAUUCAAGUGUCCAAAACUAAACUGCAGAAUUAUGAUAUAAAGAGAAUAGAAAAUAAAAACAGGUUAAAUAGCACAAAAGAUGCCCUCUGGAAUCCUGGAGGACCUGCUCUUCAAGAGGAUGGGUUAGGGAACUAUGUUGCAAAUUCUGGUGUUGCUGUCAAUGGUGUCAGUUCCUGUACUGGGGGGGUGCAUUCCAUUCCCAAUCCCAGUACAAACCAAAUGAAAGAAACAAGCACACAUGGAAAUUCCACCCAGCAAGAAGAGUCUUCUUCAGCCAAUACUACAAGAGACUUCUACACCAAAGGACUUUCUCAACCAAAUAAGCCUGGCAAAGAACGUAAUCUGGAAACAGGCCAUCAUGGGAAGCCAGCCUGUGUAAAGCCAGACAGUAUUCAAGAUAAGAACUCACAGUCCACAGUAGAAAACAUUUUUCUCACUGAAAGUGCAAUACUGGAGACACAAAAUGAUGCCAUACAAUUAGCAGACCUUGAUUAUGCUCAAAAUAACAGCCAAACAAGUCAUUACUAUGAUGUUAAAAAUGAUAUUUUUUUGGACAAAUGUACACAUUCUGAUGAAAAAGCAGAUUCUGUAGGGAUAAAUAAGGAAAAGGACUUAUCCUUGUCUGCACUUGUGAAAGACAGCUCUGCUUCAUUAGACAAAGCUAUGAAAACUGAGUCUGUAAAUGUAUAUUUCCCAGAGGACAUGCCUGAUGGGAUCAUAUCUGUGAGCUUCAUGAGAGCAACAAGAGAAGCAAAGAACAUUAACUGUGAAGAAGUAAAUGGGGAAAUUGAGGAGGAAGAUGCAGAAGUAGCAGAAGCUCUUGCAGCACUGGCAGCUGCUACUGCAGGGGAAGAUUUUGAAGACGACGAUGAGUAUUAAAUGGAGUUUUCUUUUUAACUCACCAAUUUCUUUGUGGAGCUGAGUGAAACUGAUGUAUUGUAUAAAACAGAGGUUCCCAAACUUUUUGGACCAAUAUACCCACGUCAGCCAUCAGAAUUUUUUUGUGGUCCACGAUCCACUCUCACCAUCAAACUUCUCAUUGAACCUUCUAAAAGCAGGCAGGGACUGGUGCAAUCUAUAGACUGCUUACCCUGGGCUCCUGGUUGACCAGACAUCUGCAGACCACAGUUUGUGAACCACUGAUACAAUGCACAAAUACAGAAGGACCUAGUACUAAAAACCCCAGUCCUUCAACUGUUAAAAUGUGAUCCUUUACCAUCUGACUUAAAACUGAAUUUCCUUGACUUCCUGUACCAUUAUGACCCAUAUCCUUCUCUCUGGGCCAGCAACUGAAGUAUAGCUCCACACAUCCACAAAGCCAGCCAGCAUGUUACAUUUCCACCUCACUUUUUUUUUUGUUUUAGAAAAGGGGGGCAAGUAAUUUUCUUCAGUUUCAACCUUCACAAAACUAUGAAUACCUUAGUUUUCAGGGUCAAAGAAUCCUAUAUCUCAAAGCAAAACUGUAUAAAUAAAGGAACUUACUCAUUGUCUUGUUUAAAUCA